CGCGACCGUUCAAGAUCGCAUGUCGCGCCACAAGCAGCGCGUCGAGGCCCGGCUCGCCGAGCGGUUUGGCAUCCGCGAUGCGCUCGAGGCUUCGGACGAGCAGCGCGCAAUCAACGAGAUGUUCCAGCGUGUCGCCAAGAUUGCCAGCGAAGACACACUGCGCGAAGACGGCUUCUUCUUUUGCGACGGACAGUACAUGGGCGCGCGCCGCUUCAAGGAGACGCCUGGCAUGGUCCUUCAAGUCUUGGAUGGCCAUACUGGAGCCGUGCGCGCGAUCGGCAUGAGCGCGGAUGUCCUUCUCACCUUUGGCAUGGAUGGGUACCGACCGCCUUUCGAAACCGUCUACGUGUGGGCGCCAUCUGCGCCGACACCCGUCGCGCGAUUGCCGCGACACGCGCUCACAAGCGGCGCCUACCGCGUCGUGGGCGCGGUCUCGGUGCGCGGUGUCGUCAUGUGCUGCGCCGGACCGGCUCCGUGGCGCUUGGAGCUUAUUCAGUCGUCGCAAUCGACCUGGGACCUCACGCCGGUGGCCACCGGCGCCUUUGGCCAUGACGGCGCGAUUACAUGCUGCGGCUUUAGUCCCAACGGCAACGUCUUUGUCACGGGCUCGCUCGACACGACGUGCGUUCUAUGGGAUCCCAUGUCGCUUCAAGUCCUCCAGAUCUUGAACGCCCACGCUGGCGGCGUCGCGACGUGUCACUUUGGCGUCAACGACGCGUACCUCUUCACCGCCGGCGCGCUCGAUAUGAGCAUCAAGCGCUGGGACGUCUCCCUCUACACGCUGGGCGCCACGCCAUCCAUCGAUGCACAGAGUUCCAAACGCCACUUGCACUCGAAGAGUUCCGAGACACUCUGCGACGGGCCCAUCGAGCCUUCACUGCCUGCGACGGUUCGUCCAGCGCCGCCGUCAACCACGACAGAGAGUCUCCUCCUCGAGGCCAACGACCGCUUUGCAGAGGACGCACAAAAUAGUGUACCGCGUGCGACGCCGUUCGAGGCCGCCACGUGGAUGCAAAUGGAGAGUCGAUCGAGCGUGUUCGGCUUCGCACGCAUCGUGCACCCGACGGCGCUGUGGAGCGACCGGCAAAAGUACAACCGCGCGCUCGACGCGCUCUUCUCACCAAGCACGACGCUCGAGACACUGACGCUGGAGAACCACAUCCCCGAAUUCGCGUUCAACGACGACUGGUGCUUUCACCGACCGCCGUCGUCGCUGCGCUUGCCGCCACUCCACGCGUAUGAGGUCGACGCGGCCACCGUCGACGUUCGCGAAGACGACGACGACCCGGUCAAGCUCUCGGCGGUCGAGCACAUGGACAUUCUGUCUCUUUUGAACCCGACGACGUCGGCGCGGCACCCGCACUGCGAGGUCGUUGCCAACACGAUGCACAGCCGCGUCGCCUCCAUCUGCUUUGAGCAUCGACGCUUGCAUGCGGGCGACGGCGGCGAGUACGUGCAGCACUCGCACACGAUCAACGGGCUCGCGGUAUCGCCUUCCGGCGACUUUGUCAUUUCGGUCGCGUCCGACCGCGCGAUCAAGCGCUGGCACGCCAAGACAGGAGAGCACGAGGCGACGACGCGCGACGCACACGCGCACCCGAUCUUGUGCUGCGCGCUCGCCGCGCACCCUUAUGAUAGCAGCGUCCUGUUUCUCGCAACCGGUAGCGCCGACGCCAGUGUAAAGCUCUGGAACGCAUUUGACAUGUCGGUUUUGUACACGCUCCUCGGGCACUACGACUCGGUCGUGUCGCUGACGUUUACGCCGUCGCGGCACGCCUUGUACUCGUCGUCGCUGGAUACGCGCGUCAUCAAGUGGCAAAUCGUGCCCACCGUGCCCGACGCGCCGCGACCGCCGACGAUCAUCGCCGCGCACUGCCAUGCGAUCGAGAUUGCUUGGCUCGAGCCACUUGGCAACGGGGCACCGGUUCUGCAGUAUGAGAUACGCACGUCCCGUGACGAUGGUCCGUUCGAAGCACCGAUACAAGUGUCGGCCGAUGUGACGGUCCGUUGCAUGGACGCCUUGGAUCCGGGCACUGUCUAUGCGUUCAAGAUCGCCGCGCGUAAUCAUGUGGGGCUCGGUGCCUUUAGCGAGAGCUCACCGCCGGUCGAGACUCUGGCGUUUCGUCCGUCCAAGGUCCAGAAACCGUGCGCCAUUCGCAGCGUCGCCACCCACAGCGUCGUGCUCGAGUGGCUGCCGCCGCAGGCAAACGGAACGCCGAUCUCACACUACCAUUUUCGCUGCAUACCAGAGGACACGCUCGGCGACGACGAUGUCAUUAGCGUUGUCAUUCCCGAGGAUGCGAUUGCGGGCCAGAGCCGCGCCGCCAAAGAGGCCGCCGAAGCCGCCUUUGUGCGCAAGCUCGAAGAGCGCGCCGAGCGCGACGCCGAGCGCGCCAAGCGCCUCAACUCGAAAAAAGCGCUUGAAAAAAGCGUGAAAUUGCAGCUCCAAGCGCGUGCGCGUCUCGAGAGGCAGCGUCGGCAGGAAGAGAAAGCGGUGCCCACGGCGCUGCUCAAGUACACGCUCACGUGCGUCUUGCCCGGCACGAUCUACCAGUUCCAGCUCGCGGCCGCAAACCGGUGUGGUGUCGCCGACUUUUCGAUCCCGUCCAUGUAUAUCAAAACCGAGUCGUGCGAGCCCAACGCACCGGACCAGCCGACGCUCUCGCACAUUACGCCGACGACGGUCCAGCUCCAUUGGCAGCCACCGCGCGCCAACGGCAGCGCCGUCGUUCAGUACACACUAGAAUGGCGCCAGGACGGCGACACGACGAGCCUUGAUGUGCUCGCUCGGACACUGGCAACGCCCCAGUACACUCUGAGUCCGCUCCACCCCGGCAAGGACGUGUGCGCUCGUUUGCGCGCGUCCAACGUCAUCGACAAGAAGGUGCGCACGUCCGAGUGGUCGCCGUGGUCGGAGACGGUCACGACGCUCCCGACGACGCCCAGUGCCGUCGCCCAACCCCUUUUGCAGCACCCGACAUCGCACUCGAUGCACGUAGAGUUCUCGGCGCCGUGUGGCAACGGGCGACCGAUUGUGGCCUACCACGCGACACUCUGCGCGCAAGAGACGGCCUUUGGCGUCGUCUCGCACCGCGUGGUGCGUUCGUAUGUCUGGCACGAUCCAAAGGCUUUCAACAUCGAAUUGAUCGAGCUCGACGCGGCGACGACACACGUUGUGCGCAUCGCAGCCGAGAACGCGCUCGGUCUCGGCGACUACAGCGUCUGGAGCAUGCCGUUGCGGACCAAGACGGCGGUCGUUCCGGCGCCCGUGCCCGAGGCGCCAACACUGGACGAAGUGCAGCCCACGUGCGCGCGCCUGCAUUGGCGAGCGCCGGUGCACAAUGGCGGCUCUCCACUCGUCGGCUACGUACUCGAGUAUGCGAUGGAUGGCAAUGAGUGCAUCUCGCUGCGCGUGCCCCGCUUACAUCUCGACUUGCGCCUCGACUUUCUCAAGCCCAAGACAAAUUACGUCUUCCGCGUUGCCGCUAUCAAUAGUGUUGGGACCGGUCCGUUCUCAAGCGAGUCGACGCCGCUCGUGACGCCCAGCCUCGUCGAGUACACGCUGCGCGUCUACUUUGCCAACCGACCGGACGAGGAGCAUGUGGCCUCCCGGCGUAUCCAGCGCUGCUAUCGGGCGGCGUCGGCGCGCCAUGCCGCCAAGCAAGCCCAUGCUGCGUACCUCUCGGAGUGGCUGCGGUCCUGGAACCUCUUGUAG